GAGGGAGGGGCAGCGUUUCAGGCGGGUCCGUUUCUUCCCUGCCUACCUGCUGGGUUCUUCCCGCCUCCUUUCUUUCCAUGCAGCCGAGGAAGUUUGAGGCGGCGGACGGGAUCGCGAUGGCCGGGGUGUUCUCUUACGAAAGUCUGGUCCAUGCCAUGGCUGGGGCCGUGGGAAGUGUGACUGCAAUGACUGUGUUCUUUCCUCUGGAUACAGCUAGAUUAAGACUUCAAGUUGAUGAAAAACGCAAGUCUAAAACAACACAUGCUGUCUUGUUGGAGAUAAUAAAAGAAGAAGGACUCUUGGCACCAUACCGAGGAUGGUUCCCUGUCAUAUCCAGCCUUUGUUGUUCCAACUUUGUCUAUUUCUAUACAUUUAACAGCUUAAAAGCUGUUUGGGUCAAAGGGCAUAAUUCAACUACAGGAAAAGACUUGAUUCUUGGUAUGGUUGCAGGUAUAGUGAAUGUGUUGUUGACUACUCCACUCUGGGUAGUGAACACUCGUCUGAAGCUUCAGGGGGCAAAAUUUAGAAAUGAAGACAUUAUACCAACCAAUUACAAAGGCAUUGUGGAUGCCUUUCAUCAGAUAAUAAGAGACGAAGGGAUCCUUGCAUUGUGGAAUGGUACUUUUCCUUCACUGCUGUUAGUGUUCAACCCUGCCAUACAAUUCAUGUUCUAUGAAGGGCUUAAGAGGAAGAUUUUGAAGUCACAACUCCAGCUUUCUUCAUUAGAUGCAUUUGUGAUUGGAGCAGCUGCCAAAGCAAUUGCCACUACACUCACUUACCCUAUGCAGACAGUACAAUCAAUUUUACGGUUUGGGCAUCAUCGGUUGAACCCUGAAAACAAACGACUAGGUAGUCUUAAAAAUGUUCUGUAUCUUCUGCGACAGAGAAUAAAGCGUUUUGGAUUAGUAGGACUCUAUAAAGGGCUUGAAGCAAAGCUGCUACAAACAGUCCUCACUGCUGCACUGAUGUUCCUUGUCUAUGAAAAACUUGCUGCUGCUACUUUCACAGUCAUGGGAUUAAAGCGUUCACUGAAGAAGUGAAGUCUGCACAUUAAAUUGUAAGAAAGAAGAUCACUUCCGUGGAAGCAGAAGGUCCCAACCUGGGGAAUAAUUAGGUGCCAUAGAAGAUUUCAUCUCAAAGACUACAAUAUUUUUUUCACUACAUUCUUUUUCUCAGAAAAUGCUUCUGAAUGUGUCUGAAAGGAAGCUUGAAGUUUAGUUUCCAAGUAUCUGCUUCCAGUCACUGUAAGAUGGUUUGACCAUCUUGGAGAUUUUGAUUUGGGAUGCAUAAUUGCUUAAAUGAAAAUCAUUAAAACCCUUUGGAGUUGGUUUCUCCCCCCCCCCCCAAUAUUGGAAUGAGGUUAUUCCUCAUUGUGUUUAACUUUUCUUUCAUUUUAAAAAUACCAUUCCACUGUUCAUUCUCCAUUUGAUUGUCAGGCUAUGUUUCAGGGGUUGGUACUGUGAAUUCUCCUUGAUGACUGGUCCAUUAAAAGAUUCCAGAGAGAACUAUGUUUUAA